GAGCGUUCUCUUCCGCUGAAGUGUAUAUUGUAUUAUAAAGGUAUCAACCAAUUGCGGGCAAACAAUGAAUCGUGAGAAAGUAAAUCCUUCGAACCGAGGCAAGCCGAAAAAUUCAAACGAUGGUACCAUUUUGGCAGACGAUAAGGUAUUCGCCAAUCGCUAUAUAGAAUGGAAGUACUUGAUGGAUAAAUUCAACCAAACAGAAGAGGACGAUGACGGUAUGUCAAUCGAUGAUGCGCUUGUGCUGUAUGGUACGAACGAUGAAGAUGAAAAGCGAACGGAAGCAGCGCAAGAAGCACUGGAAUGUAGCGAGGACGAGGAGGAUAAAGCGAACAGUAAAAGUGAUUAUGCUGCUUUGGAGGAUCAAUUGACUACUGCCUUGCAGCGUCGCAGCACCGAGUGGAAAAACAACGGCAUGGAAAAGAUAUUCAACAGCAACUUCUCUCUCAGCGUUGAUUACGUGCGAAGUUGGUUGGAAGAUUGUGAGCAUGGUACCGCCAAGCAGAUGACACAGGAACGAGCAACACAUUUCACGGAGUACGAUGGAAACACGCAAAUGGAUGUCACCCAUCAAGAGAACAUUUCUAUACUAAACCACAAGGAUAGAAAACAGCUGGCAUCGGAACUCAGUUCCAACUAUGAGCUUUGUAGCUCCGAUCAAAGGAGAGUAAUCGUACAUCAAGUAGAAAAGACAACCAUUUCUUCGUUCCUAGUGGUAGAUCCGCGUGAUUGCAAUAGAACGGAUGGUCCGAUACCGAAGUUGCCUCUGGACAGCUACUUUGGAAACAUUUCCACCUUUAAGCCGUUUAAAUUUCCAAAUCGCAUUGAAACACUGGGAUCAUUGUCAUGUGGCAAAGAUAGGUUAGGGAAACAGCUGCAUGGAAGCCGUACGAUCAAUUCCAGUUCCUUUAACAGUAGAUCGUUGAUUAGUCUGAUGGAAAACUCACUUCAAAUAGUGCCAAAAACGCGCGUUGAAAGUGGUUUAAGCAAGAAACACAUAAAACCAAACCUCAAGCGAAGGGUAAAUUUUAAACCGUUUAGAAAAGUGCACAUUAUAAGAGAUUCGUCUGAAAGUUCGAAUUCGGAUGAAGAUUUUGCACCAGACGACUCUGAAGAAGAGUGCCCUGCACGUGAUUCAAAAGCAACGCGCACUGUGCCUGUACGUGCGAUGAAAAAGAAACCUGUCACCUCAAACCCGUCAUCUUUAUGUUCAGGCUCUAGUGAUAAUUCACAGCGCCAAACGAAUGCGGCCAUACCGAAAGCGUCAGUUCCAUCGUUACCAGCAGACAUCAUCAUCAAAAAGCAGAAGGAAACAAGAGCACCGUUAAUAAAUGGUUUGAGUCAAGCCGGUAAUGGUAACGAGCAACCACCGAAAGAUCAACAACAGUUCGUGCAAACAAACGAACGGAAAUAUCAGAUGCCGGACAAUUAUCGCCAUAUGUUGAGCGUUAAUGGGUGCUGUCGCUAUAAAACCGACGGUACAAUUAUUUAUCGUCCCAAACCGAUACACGCGGGUUUGCCGAAAGAUGCAGAACGAAUCCUACUCAAAGCCGAAGAUCUGGAUCUAAGUGGUAUCAAAUCCAACUUACGGCGCAAAAAGUUUGAUAACUUUUCUUGCCAAACGCACCCAAACUCGGUGCUUGUGUACUACAUGAGCGAUUCCGACGAUGAGCAGUCCGACGCGCUGCCGGUGCGGAAUGCUGACGAGGAUUCAUCGGAUGAUGACGAUCCCAUACUCAACUAUAAACCUAAACUCUGCAUAUUGACCUAUUUCAACGAAGAUCCGUAGUUCGCAUGCAACCGCAAUCGGUUAAAAUGUCCCCGAAGAGACGUUCGUGGACGAAUUUAAGGUAAAAAUGUGAAUGUGUCAUGUUUCAGUUGCAAUUUAUGUGCGUUAAACGUUAAUGAAUAUCAUAAGACAACUCGUAAUACUUCUCUAGAAUCUUAAAUACAACGAAGAUUGUAUGUAUCUUCCACAGAAGCUAAAUAGAACUUGAUAGCAGUUCCACGGAUUAAUCACCGUAGAUUUAUGUUGAAUGUACGCAAUUUUUCGGAAAAUAAAACA